AUGUCCUCUACAAACAGUAGACCAGACGCCAAUUUUCCUAAAAAAAAUGAAGUUGAAGAUAAGAAAGAUGGACCAAUGCAUAAUAGCUCCAUAGAGAAGAGGAAUUCUAAAAAAGAAAAGAGUUCUUCGAAUAGAGCUCGUGGAGGUCAGAAGUCCACCAACAAUCAUGGUCGCAGACGCAGAAUGGGUCAACACAGAAGACAACAAAACUAUGCCAGGGCAGAAAACUUAAAAAAUGAACAUGGCUAUGAUUUAGAUCUUUCCAUACAAGAGGAAUUAACGAGUGGUGAUUUCAAAUUAAGAGGACGUAGAACACAAGUUUCAAUCAACCAUCUACUAGAUUUCCAACUACCUGAAAUUGAAAGAUCAAAAGACCUUGACGUAAAGGCUAGAAGAAAUUUAAGGAGAAAUGAACGUGGUAGGGAGCAUAUUAAUUUAGUAGGCGAUUCAUUUAUCAAUGUCAACUACCGGAUGCUUGUAAAUGGUAGGUAUGAUUACGAAGAACAGUCUUGUGACCCCAAUAUUCCGAUCCCAGAUGAAAAAGUGGUGGGAGUAAUCGUACCAAAAGGUCAAAAUUGUCCAAUUUGUUUGUGUGAGGAGCCCGUGGCUCCAAGGAUGGUGACCUGUGGUCACAUAUUUUGUUGCAGUUGUUUGAUCAAUUUCUUUUCUAUAGAUGAAACUAUUACGAACAAAGAAACAGGAUACACAAAGAAGAAGAAAUAUAAGGAUUGCCCGCUGUGUGGCAGCAUUAUAAGACCACAAAGAGUGAAGCCCGUUGUUUAUGAAGAGGAGAAUACCAUUCCAGUCUUUAAGCAGUCUCCUAGUCCAGGAAUUGUUUCAACAUUCUAUUUGAUGUGUAAACCACUCGAAUCAAUGCUGCCGUUACCAGUAACACUAAAAAGAGAUCCCAGGAAAAUUGGCAACUUUCCUCCAGUACAUUUGAAAGAAGUUGCAUCAUUUGGACGAAUCGUUAAGUGUGAUACACAAUAUAGCUUAGAGUUACUCCAACAGGAUAUCGAUGCCAUCAAAGUUCAACUUGAUAUUGAUAAAGCGCUAUACAAUCAAGAUGAAAAGUAUUCGAAACUGGCAAUUGAAGAUGUGAAUACAAAAAUAGCCUCAGUCCUUUCGGAGGAAGCAGACAACCUAACUAACACGAUCACUGAAGCUUUGGAUCGUUUAGAUCUGGAUACAGAUGUCAAAUCAAUAUAUGACGACUCCACUGCACAUUUUUUUCUUCAGACAACUUUCCAUUCACCAACUAAAUUUUUCUUAUCUCCUUUAGAUAUUAAGAUUUUACUAACCGUCUUUCAUAAUUACAGUAAAUUUCCUGACAUUUUAGAAGCUAUCGUCGAGAAUGUCCAUUAUGGAUCUAUUGUAACAGAACAGCUGAUCCGCAGACACAAAUAUAUAUCAUACCUUCCCAUAGGAACCGAAAUUGCAUUUGUUGACAUUGAUUGGAGAAAUGUGCCGUUUGUUACGAAAGAAAUCUAUAGUCAAUUUGCAUCUGAAUUAAAUUCACGUAGAAGAGAGUUUAAAAUUAAAAAGCAAAAAGAAGAUAAAAGAAAGAAACUAUAUCAACAAAAACUAGAGGAAGAACAAGCUGAAUUUUACAGAAGGGACUACAGCAAUUAUACUCCAACAAGUGACAUGAUACAUUUAAAUACCGUCGGGGACUCAAAUUUGGCGCUAACUUCACUACCACCUUCUAAAACACCUUUGGGAACCGCAAGUGAAAACGAAGAUUCAAGCAAAAAGAAAUCUUACGAAGAAAGGACCAUCUGGGGUACUUCUAUAUCAGUAAUACCAGAUGAAAAGACUUCCAGGGAAAACCAAGAUUUUGAAGAUAUGCUAUUACAAAGAAUGCAGCAAGAAACAGACAACAGUCAAUCAUCGGGAAAAAGCAAAGGUAGAAAAAAGAAGAAGGGCAAAGUCCUUUUAUUCAGUACUUAA